UAUAGGUAUUUUUUUACCAACAGUCCGUCAUGCUUCGCAUUCAAAUUUUUUAAAGCUUACCAACGGUUUCGCUUCGUAGCUGCUUUUAUAUUUGUAAGUUUUGGCUUUCAGUUUAAAAUGUUAAAUGUAGUUUUGAAAGCAGUUAAUGAGUUAGGAAAAUGAGUGCGGAUACGAUAAAUGUGGCAAUAAGAGUUCGACCUCUUAUUGGAAGAGAAACUGCAAAACAAACACCAAUUUAUUGGUCGGUUGAAAGAGAGUCUAUUUAUCAAAUAGACGAGAAUGGGUCCAGUAUCAAUGAACCAUUUUCAUUUGACCAUAUCUACACAGAACACAAAACUAACCAAGAUAUAUACAAUGGUUCAGUUUUACAUUUGGUUAAAUCAACUUUGGAAGGGUUUAACUCGACAAUAUUUGCCUAUGGUCAAACCUCGUCAGGCAAAACCUACACCAUGUUAGGUUCAGAUUGCAGUGCUGGUAUUAUGCAGCUCGCCAUUACUGACAUAUUUGACAUUAUUUCCAAAAAUACCGACAGAAAGUAUUUAAUAAGUGUUUGUUAUAUGGAAAUAUACAAUGAAAAGGUAAAUGAUUUAUUGGAUAUCACAGCAAAAGACUUGAGAAUGAGAGAAGAUAGACAUGGGAACCAUUUCGUUGCUGUCAAAGAAAGUGUUGUUAUGUGCCCUACUGAAGUUUUCGAUUUAAUGCGACAAGGAAACAAAAAUCGCAAGAUUGGGUGCACAGACAUGAAUGAAAAAAGUAGCAGAUCUCAUACCAUACUUAAAAUUACAAUUGAAUCUACUUUAAAGAACUCUGAGUCGAAUGCCUGUACAACAGCAAGCAUCAAUUUUGUGGAUUUAGCCGGUUCUGAGCGAAUGGCUCAAACUAAAGCUGAAGGAGCGCGUUUAAAAGAAGGCCUUCACAUUAACAAGUCAUUAUCAACAUUGGGUUUGGUCAUAAAACAGCUGAGCGAACAAGAAAAGUUUAUUAACUUCCGAGAUUCCAAGUUGACAAAACUUUUACAAAAUUCCUUGGGAGGAAAUGCCAAAACCCUAAUAAUCGCAACGGUCACAGUGGUUAGCACUGAUGAGACUCAAUCAACGCUAUCGUUUGCGCAGCGGGCUAAAGCAGUUAAAAACAAGCCGAUAAUAAACAAGGUUGUGACAGACCAAGACAAAAUAAAGCAAUACGCCAGAUUGAGUGCAGAUUAUAAAACGCAAUUAGAGCAGGAACUGGCUAAAAAUGAAGAACUGCAGAAAGAGACAAACGAUAGAAAUAAACUGAUACAAGAGUUGGAGCAGAAAUUAAACGCCAUAGAGAGCUUCAGAGGCAAGAAAAUCUCGAAAAUCCCGCACAGGCGGCAUACAAUAAGUUUUCACGAUGCGCCAAAGCUGGCACCUAUUAGUCACCAUAUUAAUAAAAUUAUCACGCCGCAGCUGCCUGUGAGAUCUUUAAAAAGACAAGACGAGGAUGUGUUCAAAAAACCCAUCACGACCAGACCGCCAAGUUUGACGACGAUAGGGGAAGAUUGCGAAUUUCCGAUGUUUACCGAUGAAGAAGCAUGCGUAACGCCCAAAAAAGAGCAGCCGAAUUUGUCGGAGAAAAUCAGGGAGCUGGAAUCGGAUUUGUGCUUGAAGGAUCAGAAGAUUUUCGAAUUGUCCGAACAAAUAUCCGAGCUGCAGAAUAAAACGCCGAGAAGCACACCCAGUCACACGCCCUAUAAAAUUCUUAAGACGAGAGUGGCAACGUUGGAGGAGGAAUAUUCCGAGCUCAGAUUGUUCACCAAACUGGAAGAGGAGUGCCGAUCGGAGGCGGAGGAGAAAAGCUUUGAGGAUUUGAUGGAGUUGUAUGGGGGGUUAAAUAAGGAACAUGAAAGUCUUAAGUAUAAGCUCGAAGAUCUUGAAGCUACCAACGAAAUUAACGAGGCGAAAAUAGCGGAAUUGCAGAAAACUGUCACUGCCUUGACCACGAAAAAUCACACUCUGACCAAGGAAAAUGCUAAUUUGAAGUCUCAUCAAGUCCAGAUAGGCACGGAUUAUCAGGUGCUGCAGGAAAUUCAGAACGAAAAGUUCAAGGAACGCGAAAAAAUGCUGGUCAACGUGAUCAACGAGCUGGAAAAGAAAUCUGAAAUACACGAAUCAUACACGAAACUCGCCAAAAUAAAGGAAAACCUUGCCGAGCGACUCGAAAGUCACGCGAAAGAAAUCGAGAAAUUAAAAACGAUAAUUCAAGACAAAGAAAGAGAAAUCAAGGAGAAGGAUCAAAUCAUCCUUGAAUACGACGAGAAAGCACUUGAAGAAAACGAAGAACAAGGUGAGGAUAUUGACUUUGAAGAUUUUAGUUUUAGAUUGCAUAUGCUAAAAGAUAUUUUAUUAGGUGCAAACGUAUCAUCGCUAGACAUAUCAUUUCAUAAAAUUCAAAUUGAAGAAGACCAAAACAAUGAACUGGAAAUGCGUCUCUUUAAAUUCCAUGACGAAAUUUAUUCUCUCAAAGAUAAUCUCGACAAAACCACCAAAGAAUUGGAGAAAGAACGCAAAAACAGACAAGACGUUAUAAACGCAUUGGAAAAUAAGCUCAAAAAAAUUGAAGAAACGUCAAAUUUAAAUUUGAACUUGGAAAACGAAAGCAAGGAAAUAAAAACGUACAAGUUCCAAAUGGAAAGGUUAAUUUCCGAAAUAUCAGCCAUGGAGCAAGACAAAGAAAAUCGGGACUUCAAUGAAAGUACAACCAAAUUAAAAAGCAAAAUAUCAUUCGAAAUUGCAAUUAAAAACAAGGAAAUCAAUGAAAUCCAGUUAAAGAUCAACGAAGCUAAGAAGAACUCUUUGAUAAGAAUAAACGAAAAAAUCAAGUCUUUAUUAUUGCAAUCCGUUAAUAUUCUUGAUUCUUUAAAAGUAUCCUCUGAUAGAUCACCAGAUGAUUUUACAACACUAAAGAAGAAUUCAGCUGAUCAAGAAGAAAUUAUUGUGAAUAAUCUAAAUGAAGAUAUACAAAAAUUAAAACAGGAAAUAAAAGAUUUACAAAAAUCUCUCGAAGAGAAAAACGUUGAAAUUCACGAUAAAAAUUCUAUAAACACCGAAUUAAUUGAGAAAUUAGCUAAAGAAAAAGAAAAAACUAAUCAUCACAUAGAGGAAAUCGAAAAUUUAAAUCGAGAAAUUAUUAAUCUACAGAAAUCUAUAGAAGAUAAUAAUCUUGAAUUACAAAUUAACACAGAAAUUCAAGAACGUUUUGGCAAACUGCAAGAAGAUAAUAUUCUUCAAAUAAAAGACAUUGAACGAUUAAAGGAAGACAUAAAUGAUUUACAAAAAUCCCUCGAAGAGAAAAACGUUGAAAUUCACGAUAAAAAUUCUAUAAACACCGAAUUAAUUGAGAAUUUAGCUAAAGAAAAAGACAAAACUAAUAAUCACAUAGAGGAAAUCGAAAAUUUAAAUAGAGAAAUUAUUAAUCUACAGAAAUCUAUAGAAGAGAAAAAUCUUGAAUUACAAAUUAACACAGAAACUCAAGAACGUUUUGGCAAACUGCAAGAAGAUAAUAUUCUUCAAAUAAAAGACAUUGAACGAUUAAAGGAAGAUGUAAAUGAUUUACAAAAAGCCAUUGAAGAAAAAAAUAUUGAGAUACAAUUCAAAGAGGCUAAUAUAUCUGGUUUAAACAAAAAUUUGCAACUCUCUCAAGAUGAACUUAAAACUACCUUAGACAUUCUAAAUAAAACCAAAAUCAGGAAUGAAGAAUUAGAGGAAAAUCAAAGAUACAUAUUAAAAAAGACAGAAGAAAUUCAUCAAAGGCAAAUAGAAGAAUUGAAUAACAACUUGACGGAAAAAGAUCAAAAACUUCAGGAAUGCCUUGAAGAAAUGGCAGUUAAUCAAAAUCGAAUGAAAGAUUUGCUGUUAAAAGAUCAAGAAAAUGAGCAACAAAUUCGCGAAUUACUCAACAAAAUUGAAGCAGUUAAUAAAGAAAUAGAGGACAAUAAAACUGUCAGCAAAGAAAAUUAUAAACAACUUCAAGAAACCAUAGAUAACCUUAAUAGCUGUUUAAGUGAAAAAAGUGAAGAAAUUAAAAGAAUUAUUCAAAACACGAAAGAAAAGGAAGAACAAAUCAAAGAUUUGGAGGAAAAAAAUUUCGAAAUGCUGAAAAAAGUCGAGUUAUUUAGUUCUGAAAAACGCUUAAGCGAAUCGUCGCAAUGCGAACAAACUUUGCAGUAUCUGAAAACCAUAAGAGAACUAUCAACUGAUUUAGAAGAGAAAAGCCGGCAAAUUGAGGGGUAUAACGCAGCAAUUUCCGGGUUAAAUGAAAAUGUAAGCAAACAGGAAGAAAAAAUCAAUGAAAUCCUCGGCGAACUGACUGAGGAAAAAAUCGAAGUUGAAGAUUUGCUUCAGAAAAAUCAGGAACAAGAUAAGGACAAACAAGAGCUUGUGGAACGAAUUGAAAAGUUAAAUGAAAAUAUAAGCGAAAUCCUUGGCGAAUUGAGCGAGAAAAAAAUCGAAGUUGAAGAUUUGCUUCAGAAAAAUCAAGAAAAUGAUAAGGCAAAACAAGAACUUGCGGAACGAAUUGAAAAGCUGAAUGCUGAAAUGACAAACAAUGAAAUCAAACUGCAGGGCUACGAAAACGAAAAACGCGAGUUAUUGGAACAAAUUACAAAUCUUGGUGCUAAAGUUAGCAGCACUGAAGGUGUGGUGAUUGAUGAAGAAAAAGAUGUGCAAUCUUUAGAAGACAAAAAAAUGGUGAUUCAAGAAUUAAACACCAAAAUUGAAGAACUUUACUCUAUAAUAGCUGAUUUAAAAUCCAAAAAUCAAGAACAGCUUUCUUUAGAAAAACAAUAUCAAGAGUAUAGUUCCACUUUGGAAUUGAAAGUAUCCCAAUCACAGAGCAUAAUAGAUGAACAAAUAGAAGAAAUAGAAAAAUUGAAAAAGGAACUUACAAUUCACACAGAACAUGAAAGUAGGAUUAUCAAAUACAAAACAGCACUUUGUAGCCAUAUGAAAAAAGUUGAAACUUUGGAAAAACAGCUUGAAGAAAAAGAAUCUGAACUGGAAACCAUUGAAGAGGAACGUGCAAAAAAAGUCAACGAAUUAUUAAACAAACUUUCAGAGGUUAAAAAGGCAAACGUGGAUAUGGGUAAAAAAUAUUCUGUGUACAUUGAAGAUUUGAAUAAGGAAGAAAAAAAGGUUGCAAGCCUUGAAAUCGAACUGCAGACCAGAGAAAACCACUGGAAAACUAAAGUUGCCGAGUUGCGUGAAAACGUAACCUACAACGAGCAGCUUUACAAGGCAUAUAAGGAAAAGUAUGUGCAAAGUUCCAAAACCGAGGAAAGCUUGAGGAACGAAAUUAAAAAGUUGCUCGAUAAAUGUACGGAAAAAGACGAUCGAAUCGCUGAUUUAAUGGACACCGGCAGGAGUCACACGCCUCAGGAGUUAAGGAAAAUUAAGCGGCAGUCUUGGCAGGACAAAAAUCGAGGCGACGUGUCCACAGGAUGCGAUUCUUGCAGGGAUUUGGAGGAAAAAAUUUUGGAUCUCACCGAGCGUUUGGAAGGAAGCAACAGAAAGUUGAAGGAGACGGUGGAAAAGUUGGAAUUCCUCGAAAACAGAAAAUCUUUAAACACCAGCACAUCAAAGGAACUGACGAAAGUUAGAAGACAAUCCAUCCAUGACAAACAUAGAAGUUUAAAUAGUUCUUUCGAAUGUGACAAGUGUGAGAAAGAAAUACCAAGACUAAAGACUUUACUGGAGGAAAAAGACAAAAAUUUAACCGAUUUAUUGAAUGAAAAUCAUAAAAAUAAGAGUGAAAUUGAUAAUCUACAAGCAAUUUUGAAAAAUAGUACAAAAGAUUCGCAGGCAUUGAAAAAUUGCCUAAAUUGUGUCGAAUUAAAUUCAAAGAUAUCCCAGCUCCAACAAGAACUCAAAGCAGAAUGUGAUAGAUCUGACGAAAUUAAUAAUGUGUAUGAGGAAUGCAAAGCGGUAUUCCGUAGAUACAAAAAAAAAUAUCCCAUAAAAUCUGAAGGACCUUGUGAUGACUGCGAGGCCUUGAAAACCAAAGUAAAAGGAAUGGAAUCAGUUUUAGACCUAAAUACCAAACAAAUUGAAAGUUUAGAACAUAAGUUAUCACAAAAAAAUGAAUGCCAGGACUGUAUCAAACUGAAUUCCCAAAUUUGUUCUCUAUCCAGGACCGCAAAAGAAGAACUUGAAGAAAUGAAAACCAAAUUUGAACAGAAAGACAAAAAGUACCAGGAAAGUAAAAAAUAUAUUCUUCAUUUUAAAAAAAUAGCUGAAUCUAAAACUUGCGACUGCAAAUCAAAAUAUGAACCCCUUUUAACUGAAAAGACUGAAAAAAUAGAUGAGAUGGAUAAACAAUUAAAUAACCUUAGCGAACAGAAAGAAACUCUCGAUCAAAAAUGCAAAAACCUUACCAAAAUUUCUCGAAUGCGUAGACAAGAAAUCAUAGUGCUUAAAGGGAAAUUAGGUAUGGAAGUUACCGAGGAAGCCGUUUAGAAAAGCGUUGUUUUGCUUAUGUUAGUUUUAUUUUUUUUAUUACAUUUUUAGUCAAUAUCGUUACUGUGAUCUGUAUUUUAUUAGCAUAGGUAAUUUAUUUUACUAAAUAAAUAAAUUUUUAAAUAUAAUUAACAUUUUU